UGCACAAUGUUGGCAUAUAAUUGGAAGCAGGGGAUACUGAUAUUGCAAUCUGUUUAGUUGUCACCUCUUAUAUGUAAAAUUUCCUCUUUGUAUUUUAUAACAGCUGCACAGUCUCAAGAUGACUAUGAGUGAAGUGUAUGGAACUACAGAUUGCUCCGAAAAGUGCCGGAGACUCAUUGCUUGUUGUUUCGAAAUACAGGAACAGUUAUUAGAAAAAGAGGCCAAUUUGAUGAUGAAGCUCAAAGAGCUAGAAAUGAUGGCAAAGGAACGAAAGGAUAAACUCGGGGAGGUACGUGAAUAUCAGAAAGAGAUGGAAUUGAAACAGAGACAGGAGGAUGCUACAACAGAUACUUUAAAGCAUGAAAUGCGGAGUUCACACAGUCUCACCUCACUAACAUGUUGUGCAGACACAAUUGUGAGAGAAUACUGAAAAAGUCGUUUAUUAACUGAGGAACUGAGGAAAAGUAAGG